UUUCUCUCUAUAGGAUUAAACAACGAAGGGACAGUUACAGAUCAGUGUAGUGCUCAUCCAGCGCAGAGCUUCAAUGAAUCGCCCAUCCAUGGCGAUCUUCUGCCGUGUCUCUUCCUCGUUUGAGCUUCUUUAGAGCUUCGUUUUCGAGAUCAAUGGAUUCCUCAUCUCUCAGUUACAGACACAGAACAGCCACAUCGCUAAUUUGGCCGUCAUUGCCUUCUGCGGAUGCGCGGAUUCAGUUUCGAGCAGCAGCACUGGUACCGUUUCGCUUCUCUGUAGCUUCCUAAAUUUGAUGGCUCAGCAGGUAUAAGCGUCGGCUGAUUGUGUGUAUGAUCUUUGUUGCGACAUAUUUUAACUUGAACUGAGCCAAACAUGACGUCUCGUGGUUCAUCGGCUUCGGGCAAUGGCCUAUUUCCGCUCAACGCUUCCACGUCCGGCCGGCAAGACGAUGUUGAGGCUGGGCUCUCCUCCGGCAAAAGCAUUAACAAGGAGGAGGAAGAAGAGGUUUCCGAUCCUUUUGAUGUCGACAAUACCAAAAACGUCCCGCUCGAGAUACUCAAGCGAUGGAGGCAAGCUGCGUUGGUGCUUAAUGCAUCUCGGAGAUUUCGAUAUACUUUGGAUUUAAAAAAGGAGGAAGAGAAAGAGAAAAGAAGAAGGAUGAUUAGAGCCCACUCUCAAGUUAUAAGGGCAGCACUGCUUUUCAAAUUGGCAGGGGAACAACAAACUGUGUCUCCACUGGUAGGUUUCUCAGUACCACCUCCAACGUCAACUGGUGACUAUGGCAUUAAUUUAGAACAUCUUGUCUCACUGACCCGUGAACAAAACUUUUCUUCUCUACAACAAUAUGGAGGAGUCAAAGGCUUAUCAAAUUUAUUGAAAACAAAUACCGAUAAAGGAAUACCGGGGGAUGAAACUGAUUUACUAAAAAGAAGAAAUACCUUUGGAUCAAAUACAUAUCCACGUAAAAAAGGACGGAGUUUCUUGAGAUUUCUUUGGGAAGCCUGGCAAGAUUUAACCCUAAUCAUCUUGAUUAUAGCUGCAGUGGCAUCAUUAGCUUUGGGAAUGAAAACAAAGGGUGUAAAGGAAGGAUGGUAUGACGGAGGAAGCAUUUCCUUUGCUGUGUUUCUUGUCAUAAUGGUCACAGCGGUCAGUGAUUAUCGACAGUCUCUUCAGUUUCAAAACUUAAAUGAGGAAAAACAGAACAUACAAGUAGAGAUCUUGAGGGAUGGUAGAACUUUAAAGGUCUCAAUAUUUGAUAUCGUUGUUGGAGAUGUUGUACCUCUUAAAAUUGGAGAUCAGAUCCCUGCUGAUGGAAUAUUAAUCACCGGUCAUUCACUUGCCAUAGAUGAAUCUAGCAUGACUGGCGAAAGCAAGAUUGUUCGCAAGGAUCAGAAGGCACCCUUUAUGAUGUCUGGUUGUAAAGUUGCAGAUGGAGUUGGUACCAUGCUGGUAACUGCUGUUGGAAUCAAUACUGAAUGGGGAUUGUUGAUGGCCAGUAUCUCAGAGGAUACUGGGGAAGAAACUCCCUUGCAGGUCCGGUUGAACGGAGUUGCAACUUUCAUAGGCAUAGUUGGGCUUGCGGUUGCAGUCUCUGUGCUAGCUAUCCUUUUGGGCAGAUACUUCACUGGAAAUACACAUGAUGCAAAUGGAAACAUUGAAUUUCAGCGUGGGCAUACGAGUCUAGGUGAUGCUGUAAAUGGAGUAAUUAGAAUCGUUACUGUUGCUGUUACUAUUGUGGUUGUUGCAGUGCCUGAAGGACUUCCUUUGGCUGUCACUCUAACAUUAGCGUACUCCAUGCGGAAAAUGAUGGCCGAUAAAGCAUUGGUUCGUAGACUGUCUGCUUGCGAAACUAUGGGUUCUGCAACAACAAUUUGCAGUGAUAAGACUGGAACGUUGACUUUAAAUCAGAAGCCNGUGGUCGAGGCAUGUGUUGGCAAGAAAAUGAUGAAUCCCCCAGAUGAGCCACUGGAGUUGCAGUCACUGGUUCUCAAUCUGCUAUAUGAGGGCAUUGCUCAGAACAGCGCAGGCAAUGUUUUUGUUGCUAUGGAUGGGAGAAGUAUAGAGGUCACUGGAUCUCCUACAGAAAAGGCUAUUUUAUCUUGGGCUGUCAAGCUGGGAAUGAAGUAUGAUGUUGUCAAAUCAGAGUCUGAAGUUCUUCAUGUUGUCCCGUUCAAUUCAGAAAAGAAGCGAGGAGGUGUUGCGAUAAAGCGGGCUGACUCAGAAGUCUACAUACACUGGAAAGGAGCGGCAGAGAUGGUCUUAUCUUCUUGUACAAAGUAUAUGGGAAUGAAUUGUGAAGUGCACUCAAUGGAAGGCAAUGAGGAUUAUUUUAAGGCAGCUAUUAAUGAUAUGGCUGCAAGAAGUUUGCGUUGUGUUGCGAUUGCAUAUAGACCAUAUGAAUUAGAGAAGGUUCCAGUAGAUGAACAGGGUUUGGAUCAAUGGGAAUUGCCUGCUGAUGAUCUUAUUCUGCUUGCAAUUGUUGGUAUAAAGGAUCCUUGUCGUGCUGGUGUUAAAGAGGCUGUGAAAGUGUGCACGGAUGCUGGCGUCAAGGUGCGCAUGGUAACUGGAGACAAUAUACAGACCGCCAAAGCUAUAGCAAUAGAGUGUGGAAUACUUAGCGCAACAGACGAUGCUUCUGAGCCGACAGUAAUUGAAGGAAAAGAAUUCCGUGUAUUGUCUGAGAAGGAAAGAGAACAAGUUGCCCCAAAAAUAACGGUGAUGGGGAGGUCUUCACCCAAUGACAAGCUCUUGCUUGUUCAAGCAUUAAGAAAGGGAGGAGACGUCGUUGCUGUAACAGGCGAUGGGACAAAUGAUGCCCCUGCACUCCACGAGGCAGAUAUCGGUCUUUCUAUGGGCAUACAAGGCACUGAAGUUGCGAAAGAAAGUUCUGAUAUUGUUAUCUUGGAUGAUAACUUUGCUUCAGUUGUAAAGGUUGUCCGGUGGGGGCGUUCUGUGUAUGCAAACAUUCAGAAGUUCAUCCAGUUUCAGCUCACUGUAAAUGUUGCCGCUCUUGUGAUUAAUGUUGUUGCCGCUGUGUCUUCCGGUGAUGUUCCUUUAAAUACUGUGCAGCUUCUCUGGGUUAACCUGAUCAUGGACACACUCGGUGCUCUAGCAUUAGCUACUGAACCACCAACGGACCACUUGAUGCAUCGGUCACCUGUUGGUCGAAGGGAACCCCUUAUAACCAAUAUCAUGUGGAGGAAUUUGAUUGUACAGGCUUUGUAUCAAGUUGCUGUCCUUCUUGUUCUCAACUUCUAUGCCACUGAUAUUCUUCAAUUGAAUACUGAUAGCAAGGAGCACGCCUUUAAUGUGAAGAAUACAGUGAUUUUCAAUGCCUUUGUCCUCUGCCAAAUAUUCAAUGAAUUUAACGCUCGAAAACCAGAUGAAAUGAACGUAUUCAGUGGCGUGACGAAAAAUUACCUCUUUAUGGGAAUAGUUGGAACAACGUUCUUGCUUCAGAUUAUCAUCGUCGAAUUUCUAGGAAAAUUUACUUCCACAGUAAAACUUGAUGGGAAGCAAUGGCUUAUCUGCAUUGCUAUCGGCCUUGUGAGCUGGCCUCUGGCUGUCGUCGGCAAACUGAUUCCAGUUCCUGAGACUCCAUUGGGUAAAUACUUCACAAAGCUAGUUCAACGGUACAGGAGGUCACAUGGUGCUUAAUUUUGGGAUUUCGUCUUUCUCCAAAGUGCAUAAUUUUGAAGGACAAUCCAUAAUUUGGUAUUUCUUGGCUAAAAUAUAUGCUUUUGGGUAUAUUUCUUUUUAUUUCUAAUAGUUUAGACAUCAUGCUUGCGUAACGAUCAAGUUCCGAAGUUUUUAGAAAAAUGUUUGCACCGUAUGAGCGCAAGUCAAUCGAGCAAAUAGUUUUCUUAAAAUUCUAAACUUAAAGUGGUUUUAAACGUAUUCGGGACUUGAUUGUUACGUUUCUAAAAGUAUGGACUAAAUUGUUACAAAAAAAGAAGUAUACGAAACCCAAACAAACGGGUACCAAGAGUAUAGAAUAUACAUUUUAGCUCGAAGGACCAAGACGAAGGAAUAACGUGAAGGAGGAUGUGUUUCAACAUUUUCAAGAACAAUUUUACAAUGUAUUUGGCUUUUAUGUAUCCAUCAAAGUAAUGUGGUUAAUUGUAAUUUUGGGUUCUUGUUUAUUUUCAGUAAUGUAAGCUUGAAGAGAAGAGGUAUAUUAUUUAAUUAUGGGCUUAGACAUCAGUUUUGCCCCUUUA